AUGGGGAACUCGUUCACAUGCAUUUCUCACGAGGAGGAACAACGUCCCAAGAAAUCCUCGGGCGGUCGCGGCAAAGGAGGAGCAAGUAACUCCGGGAAAUACAUACGUCGCCUAUCUCUGAUCCCUUCACUUAGAAAGCGGACGCUACUUCCUUCGCUCUCCUGCUCUGGCUCGUCCUCCACUUCUUCCUCCAAGAAAGGUGGGAUCAAAGCAAAGAAGAAGAUAAGAGAGAGACUUCAUCAAGACCACCAUGGACACGACAAAGACUCUCAUAUUAUUCAAGAGCAAACACUUGCAGCCACUAAUCUCCUCUUCAACCAAACCAGGGAAAUGCAACAUGUUGUAAAUACUUUUGUAUCAGCAUAA